AGUAAAAUGGACUGACACAGUAAUUAAUACAUUCGGGAACCCCAAACCCCACUCAUGUUCGCUAUUUUCGAAACAAUUUAUACUAUAAAUGUGUUAAGGGGGUUCCCGACACACCUAAAACAUAGUUGCGAUUUUAUUGCCGACAGGAUACCUGUAUUAUGCCAUAGGAGUUAUUCAGAUACGCCGAAGAGCGACAGUAAGAAAGCUGUCGUCAAAGUACAAGGAACAAGCACUGAGCAGCGUGUCCGCGUGCGUCUGACCCGCACGUCGGAUGUGCCGCGAGUGUUAAAGUUCGUUCGCGAGCACGUUCGUGUUUGGCCUGGUCCGCUGGAGCCUAACCGUCUAGUACUAAACGAUUACGUUGCUAGGACUUUAGCUCAGGGUCACUCUAUGCUAGCAGAGCAAACUCCUAACGCGACUUGCUCCGAGAUCCUUGGCCUAGCACUAGUCGCAGCGGUAUGUUCCUGGGACGCCGAUAUACUAGAGCAAUGGUCGAAGUGUAUACGGUGUACGCGUUCGAAACGUCUGGUGAACUUUACCGCGCACUGUCUGAGAGCUCCGAAGUUAUAUGAAAAUUAUGGCGUUGAGAAAAUACUGCAGGUAACCCUAAUAGUACCGCCAGACAAACCGAAGAGUGCAGAAAUAGCCCAGGCUUUAGCCAAGAACGCCAUCAAGCGUGGGAAGGAGGUCGGUUUUCCGCUGGUACGGUUUGACAUCACUAAAGAUACUGAUGCAAAAUCUUUGGAAGAACUUAACCUGAAGAAUGAAUGGUCUGUUUCAUACAGGAUCAUAGAUAUCACAGAUCUCAACCAGGUCGCCGAAGGACGCAAAGAGAACAGAAAGAAGAAAGAAACAAGCAACGUACCCGCUGCUAACUCCGUAUCCGUAUACACCUCCAAGCUCUGAGUCACAGAUGACCCCUGAUGGAGUGAGCAAAUUAACCUAGAUGAAGUCAGCAAGGAUAUCUACAGCAAUUCACAAUUAAAUUAUCAGCGUAAAUUAAGCCACCAAUUAUUUGGUGGCUUUGUGACGGUUUGCUAUUAAAUUCCUUUUGUAUAA